AACAACUUCAAGCUCUUCAUGCAGACGAAGCUGUCGAAUCCUCACUACCCUCCGGAGAUUCAGGCCGAGUGUACCAUCAUCAAUUUCACUGUGACCGAGGAUGGUUUGGAGGAUCAGUUGCUGUUCUUGGUGGUCAAGCUCGAGAGGCCAGACUUGGCGAAGAAGAAGAGUGAGCUUAUCCAGCAGCAGAAUGAGUUCAAGGUGACUUUGGCGCACCUUGAGGCCUUGCUCCUGGAGAAGCUGGCCAACGCCGAAGGCGACAUCCUGGAUGACACAGAAUUGAUCCUCUCCUUGGAGGAGGCCAAGAAGACAAGCGACGAGGUCAAGGAGAAGGUGGUGAUCGCUCAG